UAAGGGAAACAUAAAAUAAUUAUGAUGGAGGAAUCUGUGAAUGGAAAUAUUAGUGAAGAAGAGAAUGAUUCAGAGCAGAGUGAUGAUGAUGAAGAAUACUUUCCUGAUAGUGAUGAUGAAGAGGAAUCUGUAAAAGGAUUCAAGAUCAAAACAGAGCCAGUAUCUGAUGAAGAUUCACCUGAAGAAGACCAGACAACUAGAUCUUCCUCUUCAGCAAUACAAAAGAGGCAUUCUGAACACAAGCUGGAAGUUGUGAUACCAUCACACAGGCCUAAGAAGGUGCGACCCAAUACACAAGAAGAGAAAGAGUACAACUGGACGAAAUCAUUCUCUGGAAGAGAUAUCCCGCCAUUUGGAGGUCAGCAACGGGUUUGCAGUAAAGAAUUGGGCCCAAGAUCGACUCCCUUGGACUGUUUCUCGCAAUUUUUUGAUUCUGAAGUAAUUCGAUUCAUUAUUGAUAUGACAAAUCUUAAUGCUGUGAGAAAAGUGCAGGGUGAAGAAACAGCAUCUUUUUUGAAAACACAAUCCUCAAACGAUCCAGAUUUUUCUAUUAAAGUAGAAACUGUUUCAAACGAUGCAAGUAAAAAAAGUUGGAAGUUUGUUGAUGUUGAUGAAAUGAAUGCUUUUUUGGGACUCAAUAUACUUAUGGGAAUAAUUCGUCUCCCACGUCAAGCGAUGUACUGGCAAAAAAAGAGCUGGAUUCUUGAUAUACCAAGUUUCAAUAUGAUCAUGCCAAGAGAUCGAUUCUAUAAUAUUCAGCACCACCUGCAUUUUUGUGAUGAACCGUUGGCACCUGCAGAAGAAGAUCCCGAAAAAGAUCCUGAAAAGUUCUUGAAGAUUCAUGGACUUUUGGCACUUCUUUUGCCACGUUUUCAAACCUGCUACACUCCUGGAAGAGACCUUCACAUAAAUGAAACCUUGAUCCCAAUCAAGGGGAAAAUUGGGUUUCGAAAAUACAUGGAUCAUAAAAAAUAUGGGAUCAAACUCUGGUUUUUAACUGAAUCAUCAACGGGAUAUGUAUCUAGACUACAAUUUUACACGGGAAAAAAUCAAGCUGUGAACCCGGAAAGUGGUUUAUCCUUGCGUGUUAUUAAAUAUUUGAUGAGUCCAUUUGAAGAGCUUAACCACCAUUUAUAUGUGGACAACUUUUUUACAAAUCCUGAAGUGUUUGAAUACCUAUUGUCGAAAGGAAUAUAUGCUUGUGGCACAAUUAAUACAGACUGUGUGGGAUUUCCAAUGGAUCUCAUAAUGGAAGAGACUUGCAAGAUGGGUGAGAGUGAUUGGCGAGCAACAGGAAAUUUAUUGGCUCAGUCGUGGAUGGACAAUGGAGCUUUGUAUUUUUUGUCAACCAUUCACGACCCUGAUUAUGAGAAAGGUCAUUCUGAAAGAACAAUUACAAAAAGGAGAAGGGGUCAUACAAUAUAUGGGACUGUCGAAACACCAUGCCCCCCUCUUGUGAGAGAAUACAAUAUGCAAACUGGACGUUUGGGUCUAUCAUAUCAAGUACGAAAAUAUGGCAACACGGCGAGGCGAUCAAGAGUCUGGUAUAGAAAAGUUUUUUCGUAUGUGAUUGAGGUGGCUAUUAAUAAUGCUAUGGUAGUCUAUGAAAAAGUGACUGGAGAGAGCUGUGAUGUCUUAGAAUUUAGGGUAAAACUUAUGACAUCUUUGAUCGGGAACACUAGAGCACCUCAGUACACCACAAAUACAGUUUCUUUAUCACUUGCCAGACUUCAAAAUGCUGGCAUCCAUCACCCAGUGUGCAUAGAAAUACAUCGAACAUGUUUGGUAUGUUCCAAGAAAAAUCAGAUGGCUGCUGUCAAUGAAAAAGUUAAGUGGACUUCGCGAACAACUGUACGGUGUAGCGAAUGCAAUGUUCAUUUGUGUGUGCGCAAUGGUAAAGCUUGUUUUCGUGAUUGGCACACCAAGGUUGAAUAUUGGAAGUGAUACUUUUUAUAUUUAAAGUUAUUUCUAUUUCCUUCACAGACCAACAUUCUAUGUUCGAAUUGUUUUGAUACACGAUAGUUGUUUUUUAAUGGUAGCACUGGUAGGUAAAUUAAAGAACUUACCUACCAGUGCUCAUUUAUUUUUGGGUGUGCAAUGUAAUGAAAAAUUAAAUAUAAAACACUGUCAAGAAUUGAACCAAAUUAAAAACUAAUCCAAAGCGGUGAAAUGCAAAAAAAAUGCUUAUCACUACUCUUUGAGUAUGUUGGACGCAUGUUUAUACCAAGUUGCCCAACUAUAAGUCAAACACCUCCAAGUUAGUUCUCCUUCCCAUGUACUCACAUUUUUAUACACCAUAUCCUGGGGAAUAAACUACCAUAUACCUACCUCUAGGGCUGUCCAAAAUCGAAUCAUAUUUUGAUUCGAAUCUAACAUUUUCGCCGAAUCGAAUAUUAUUGCGCAAUCCUAAGUCUGUCUCUAAUAUACAAUAAACGCCUGCCCCUCGAUGUUGUGGUAACGUAUGUGCAGUUACAUCUGACUUACUGCUGGAAUUUUGCAAUACUAUGUUUCAGAUUUAUGAAAGGAGAUUACAUGCUUGUAUGAACUGGUCAAAAAAAUUGGUGGACUCCAAAAUUAGGGUUUCGUGUUGAGAGUAGAAAUUGCAAACUCAAUUAUAAUGGAUUGAGUUUUAAUAAAGCCUGUAGAUGCUAUUUUAUUUCUAUUAUUAUCACUAGUCUUAUGUUUUUUGUGCAAUUUCCAGCAAAAUGAUAACAAUCAUUAAUAUAGAUAAAACUGUUGCCCAAAUUUAGAAUUGCAUUUAACAUUUUCGAAGCUAGUUUGAUGACAAUAUUAUUUGAUGACUAUAAUAUUGUUAGUGUACAACAGCCAUCGAAAUGCAAGAGUGCAAUCAUUUGUCUUGGUAUAUAAAUGGAUAAUACAAUAUUGCCAACAUAGGAAAUUACAAAUUCAAUUGAAAGAAGGUAUUGCCAUCAUAAGGAUCCCACAAUACCUGUUUCAGCUACGAGUUGCCUGUACCAUGUUCCUAUGAUAACUAACUCAAUAGCUUCACAUCAAUUCUAUUUCUAUGACUAUUGUUUGCGAAGGAUACUAAAUUGCCUUUUUCUCCUUGUUCUCUCUCAAAAGCGUCAUUACGGAUUAUAACUUUACAUUAUGAUGACCAUGCAUGAAAUGGCUAUACACGUGCCACCGGGAGGGCAUUGGGAAUGACAUGUUUACCACAAAAUGAAGGCGAGAGAAAUAUCGGGAAACCAAUUUAAGACAUGAGCGAGAGUUGUCCAAGCUCGAAGCGCCGCCGCUUUCCCGAUGAAAAACGUCCUGCAAAGGUGGUUUCAAACCUUUUUCGCUUUGAGUACCUAAUUU